AUAAAACGUGAACUUCACCGCCGCGUUUAGUCUUCUUUGUUUAGCCCUAAGAAGAACCACACCUCUUCUCUUCCUCCUCCUAGGGUUUUGCAUCUGCAUCUGCACCAAUGGGUAAGGGAACAGGGAGUUUCGGUAAGAGGAGGAACAAGACCCACACACUGUGUGUGAGGUGUGGCCGCCGCAGUUUCCAUCUUCAGAAGAGUCGCUGCUCUGCCUGUGCCUACCCUGCUGCCCGCAAGAGGACUUAUAACUGGAGUGUGAAGGCAAUCAGAAGAAAGACCACCGGAACUGGAAGGAUGAGGUACCUCCGCCACGUUCCUCGCAGAUUCAAGAGUGGCUUCAGAGAGGGUACUCAAGCUGCACCAAGGAAGAAGGGAGCAGCUGCUACUGCUUAAGGCAUCAUUGGAGAGUUGUUUUUGGUGUAAUUUGGUACACAAAUUACAAGUUUAGAUUGAGCUUAAUAUGUUGGAACUGGUUUUUGAAUGUAAUGUUUGAUGGGUGUCAUAACCUUAUAAUGAUUUUAGUUAUUUUUGAUUUGGUUCAAUAUGUAGUUGCUUUAAUUUUGGACAAGGAUGAAUGCGUCUACUAUGUUUUCCUGGUUAUAUUCCAAAAUGAAUUCUGAAUUUUGUUUCUGGUUAACUUU